CAGAAAGUCUUAUGACUCUUCAUUUCAAGGCCAUGCUUUUCAUACUGAUUCUUGCUUUCCCAAGAGAAAUCACAGGGGCUACCUUCUUCCGCCAAUUUGAGAAUGGAAAUCACAAGCUGAACUGCAGCCAAUCGGCUACUGAAUAUGUUUGGUACAAAGGCCGUUCAUGGUCCCUACAACAAUUUGAACCUAUUAGUAGCACUCAAACCAAGGAUUCUCAACAACGAUGUGUGGAACGUUCACUUUGCCCCCAAAAGGUCUUACCCUAUACUACUUUCUCUCUUGGUGGAAUAUUUGCAUGUGCUCCCUGGACCCCCCUUUUUACUAAUUAUACCCAUUGCAGCAUUUCUGAUUUCUACCUUGUCGCAAUCAGAAACCGUACAGCAGAAAAGGAAGUCUUUGGUAACGUCACGGAAUCAUUGAAACCUGUUCUGGCAGUCAAAGAAAAAGGCAACUUCACCCUUUCCUGUGAAGUUGAAAUUAAGCAUAAAUCCAAAACAUUUGCCUUGUACUGGAUUAAGGACACCAGUCCAAGCGCUUGUCUUCUUUCAGCUUCAAAUGAAGGCAAUCAUGGGAGUAAUUUGUCCUUUGAUGUCAACUGCUGUGUGGAUCCUACAGUCAAAGAAAGGAGAGACAAUCAUUCAGUAAUCUCGGAUGACAGGAAGAUAAACCACACGCUUACGAUCUUCAAUGCCACUUCUUCUGACAGCGGAAUGUAUUUGUGCGUGGUUACUGCUUGGGAACAUAAACACGUGUGGAAGAUUGCUUAUAAUGUGUCUAUAGAAGUUGAGAAUACCUAUAACAUGUCCAUAAAUGCUGAGAAUCCCACAACACUGUCUCCCCCUUCUACAAACGCAUUACCCAUCUCCCUCGGAGUGAUUGGAGGUGUAAUUCUCAUUUGUGGGAUAAUGUGGCUCCUUUACUGGAAGAAGAAGUCAAAAGGAAAUCCUGUCGAACGACUUGGAAGGAAUCAGGCAGCAGUUGAAAUGGAAGGAGAUGAGUGCUCCCCAUAUGCAGUAAGCAGCCGGAAUGAUAUAGACAGGAUUGAACCUGUGUAUUCAUUGGUGACAGCGCCCAGAAAAGGCAUCUCUUCGUUACCGGAUGGCAAACCAACUUCUGAACCUGGAGAGAAAGUGCAUACCGUCUAUGCUGUGGUGACUAAAUAGAGAAAAUAAAAUCUUCUGCU